AGCAACAAUCCUCCCCAUCCACCACUCUCCGCCACAACUAUCGGUCCCCCUCCCUACCCGACACCAGGAGGCAAACCGCGCCUAAAAGGGAAGAAAUAAAGAAAAAGAUGCAGGCCUGGCACAAAAAAGAAAAGGCCAAGCAAGUGAAAAAGGGCAAGGCGGAGAAGCAAAAACUCCGAACGGAGAAGCUCGCGAGACGGAAUCCCAACCGAAUACAGAAGCAAAUCGAUGAAUUAACGGCUAUAGAAGAGUCCGGGGGGCAGAUGAGUUCCGGCGACAGGAAGCUACUAGAGGAGCUACAAAGGGAUCUAUCGGCGGUAAAAAAGGCGAAGCAGGCACUGGGUGAGAAGGUCCCGGAACAACGCGCAGGAGCCAAGAGGAGUGCUGGGGAUAUGGAGAAGGAUGAGGUAUACCAUUCACCUACGCCACCCCCGAUCACAAGAUUUGCUCAUCCUGCUGAACAGAAAAGGGCUCCGAGACCCCCCCAACAAUACCAUCCUCACCACCGACGGGGAGAAGGAUGCCCUGACGAGAGCGAUUCCGAUUCCGGAGAAUCGACGUCCUCCUCUGUUCGUGAUAUCCCUAUGCCCCCCGGCACCCCUCCUCCCUUGCAGACGAAAGCCUGGCCCCGAGGCCCCAGGACUGUGCACGAGCUCCCGGAGAAGCCGGUCACCGCUCCCGUGCGGACCACAUAUUCUGCUGCGCCGAUACUCAGGGACUUGAGAAAGGAGGCUGCUGUAUUUGUACCUGCGGCGGUGGAGAGGAAGAUGCUUGUUGAGAAAGCUACGGGAGGUGAGGAGGAUGGGGAGAAAGAGGAAGAGGAAGAGGAAGAGGAAGGGUUCAUGAGAAAGAAGAUCAACGCUGCACCCGAUGUGGAUGUGGAGUUUUCAAAGUUCCAAGCGGAGAUGGAGGAGGUUGCUGAUGAGGAGGCAUAAUAAGACUAUCAUGAGUGGGGGGGGUAUAAUACAUUAGAGUGUAUCUUUUUUUAGUUCCAAAAAUGAGGACGGUACCUAAUCAUAUCCCAUUCCGAAAUAUAUAUAUUAUAUAUAGCAUUAUCACUAUAUACGAGCUGCACACACCCUUUCCAAGCAAGAUCCGUCCGAGGCCAAUUCCAUGCACCAUCCCACACUACAUGUACAGCAACCCCCAAAAUACAUCAAUCACCACGCACCCACACAUACAACCCCACCGACCAACAAAAAUCCCACAAAAACAAAAAGCAAUCCGUCCCACCGCACGCAAACCAGUUCCGCGCAGCCCUAUCUAUACAACGCCCGAUCCAGCGAUAGCUUUCAUUCUCUCUCUCUUUCUUUCUUUCUUUCUUUCUUUCUUCCAUGAUAACACCACACAUCCAUACGGACCAUCCAAGGAAGAAGACCUUGUACGAAGUGAGCGGGGGGGAACACUUCCCCCUCUCCCUCCCUCCACCGUCGGCUGGCAGUCGUCAGAUCCGUCCGGGGACGGCGACGGCGACGAGAACGAGUGGUUGCUUGUUUGUCUAUUCGUUGAAGCGCUGUUUUUAUUUUUAUUUUUAUUUUUAUUUUUUUAUACUUUGUUGGUUAAAGUGUAGAUGGGUCGUCUCGGUGUGAUGUGAUGGUGUGAUACCGGUAUCUUUGAGGAUUCGGAAUAUGCUUUCUUUGUUC